ACCAGUUCUUCACAGCCAUACGGUCAGCUGAUUGACUCACAUGACACGACUUUCUUGCUUGGCGUUUUCUUUUAUACCAGUGCCUUGAAGUUCUCCGCAGCACCUGUUUUGUACAAAGAAAAACACAAUGGUGCAGCUCGUUUAAAGAUGUCAUGGAGAAACUGAAUUGCUAAGGAUUACGAGUCUUCUUCAAGGAGCUAAGCUAGCUAUGUUGUUGAAAAUACAGUGAGUCCGCACAUACUGUACAGCCACACGCUUCACCCGACAACUUCUGCGCUGCAGAUGUGCUGUUCAGCUCAGUAGAUUCCUUUUUAUUCAGUUCCUGUAAGAAUUUGCACAUACUGUCCAAAAUGAGUCCUGAGGGUAAAAGGCUUUUCAACAUCAUUAUUCUAGGCUUCGGCUUUAUGUUCAUGUUCACAGCUUUUCAAACAUGUGGCAAUAUAGAGCAAACGGUUCUCAAGAGUUUUAACAGCACUGAGUUCCAUGGCAGUGGGUACACGAGCAUGGCCAUCAUUUAUGGGGUUUUCUCUGCAUCCAACCUGAUUGCUCCAUCAGUGGUGACUGUCAUCGGGCCACAGCUAUCAAUGUUCUUUAGUGGGCUUUUGUACAGUGGAUACAUAGCCAUGUUCAUUUACCCAUACACGUGGAGUUUCUAUACCGUGUCUGUGCUGGUUGGAAUAGGAGCAGCAGUCCUUUGGACAGCUCAGGGUAAUGUGCUUGCCAUUAACUCAAACGACAACACCAUUGGAAGAAACAGUGGUAUAUUCUGGGCGCUGCUUCAGUUCAGCUUAUUUUUUGGAAACCUGUAUAUAUAUUGUGCCUGGCACGGACAUGUUCACAUAACAGACAAAGAUCGUCGGACAGUGUUCAUCUCUCUCACGGUCAUCAGCCUGGUCGGUUGCUUCCUCUUCUUUCUGAUUCGUAAGCCUGACCCCAACACCCCUCCUUCUGACACCUUGGAGUCACAGCUGCAGGCCGAAUCCUCAGAGAGCAGCUCAUCAGCUAUGGUAGAUCGGAGCCGCUCAGGCAUCUGGAUGCAAGCGCUGGAUGCUUUCAUUCAAGCCUGUAAAAUCUUUGUCACCAAAGAGAUGCUGCUGCUAAGUGUCUCCAUAGGAUACACAGGUCUGGAGCUCACCUUUUAUAGCGGAGUUUACGGGACGUGUAUUGGAGCGAUGACACAGUUCGGCCAAGAUGCCAAGAGUCUGAUCGGCAUCUCUGGCAUUUGCAUUGGCGUUGGCGAAAUCUUAGGAGGGGGCGUGUUUGGGAUGCUGAACAAGGACAACCGGUUUGGGAGGAACCCGGUGGUGCUGCUUGGGGUCAUCACACACUUUGUUGCCUUUUACUUGAUUUUCCUAAACAUUGCUAGUGACGCUCCUCUGGCCCCAGAGGCAGGAACAGAUCUACAAGGCUACAUAACCCCCAGUCUCUGGGUGGCGUUGCUGUGCAGCUUCCUGCUCGGUUUGGGCGACAGCUGCUUCAACACUCAGCUCCUCAGCAUCAUCGGCUUCAUGUUCCGUGACAACAGCGCACCGGCCUUUGCUGUCCUAAAGUUUACCCAGUCCAUCAUGGCUGCUCUAGCCUUCUUCUACAGUAACUACCUACUGCUGCACUGGCAGCUGCUCAUCCUGGUCCUGGCAGGUUUUCUGGGCUCUAUGACGUUUUUUAUGGCAGAGCGACUCGCUGUGUCCAGCAGGCGAGACUCGGACUACGACAGCAUCUGAUCUGUCUGGUGAGGAGGGCACAUCUGGAGACAAUUUGAUCCUCACAGCUGGAAAAAGGUUAAUGUUUAAGUGUCACCUCUUGGCUGAUAUUGUGGUAUUAUUACAGAGCCACUCAGUCGCGUAAGGCCUGGCUGAAUGAAGCCAAAUAUUCAUCUUUAUCUCAACUUUGACUAGAAAAUCAGAAAACAAAAGGAGGUGACUCUAUUUUUUUGUUUCAUGUUGUUCACAAUUUUUUUGUAUUAAUCUGGGCAAAUUCAGGAAAUAUCCUUUACAUGGGGGUUAUUAGUCAAACUAAUAACAAACUUUGAUUCAGCAUUUUCAAAUAGUGAGCUACAACAAGGGUGGUUGACUCACUUCUUGUGCCUGGACAGAUCCUGAGGAAAUGGACUGGCUUUAUUUGCUGCAGCUGCUCUUGGUACAUGUGUAGCCUUAUAGAAUGUGAAGGUGAUGCUUUCUUUUGUAGGCUAAUCCCCCAAAAGACCGAACCCAACAAUGAAUGUAAAAUAUCCUUUUAACUAGCACUCAUUUUGCUAUUGUUCUUUCAGCCAAUUAAAACACAGCCGUAAGUCACAUUGUUGUGUUGACAUGUUUCCACACAAAAUGUUCUCUUAACCUAAAACGUCAUUAGAGGAUCCAGUACCCAGGGGUUUGAGGUUAUAAAACUGUGCUUUGAACCAUAGGCACAAUGUAAAAAAUCUCACCUGUUCACCAGUACAUUGUUGGAUUUGGUCUUCUAAAGGGAUUUGACUGUCAGAACUAGAAUAAUGUCUGCAUCGUCGUUUCACGUUCUCGUGUGACUCUUGGCAUCAGACACUGUAAGCACACAAUGUGCUCAGAUUCAAUCUCAUUGACUCCAUGUGUAUUAAUGCGAUCAUCCCCCAUACAGUUUAAAUAAUGAAUAAUAAUAAAUAAUUGAACUUUAUUGAUCCCACAUUGGGGAAAUUAUUCUUUGCAUUUUAACUCAUCCCCUGAGGGGAGCAGUGGUCAGCCACAGUGCGGCAGACCUGGGGAUCUAGUGCAAAGUGUCUAACUCAAGGACACACUUGGUGAUCUGGUGGGCUUUGAACCUGAGACUUUCCACUCAUUAAGCCAACACUCUACCGACUGAGCCACCAAGCAUUGCUUUCAUGUCACGUGUAAUAGUUGUGCUGUGCUUUCCAGUUUCUCCUACAUGUUCAGUUGCGGUCAGAAUGUAAUCACAUAAUUUAAAGACACUACAACAAGAAGGAUUGAAGCAUUUUAAAGGGAAACAAGUUGAAAUGUUUGUUUGUGAACAUAAAAUGGCAAAUUUUUGCACUUUCUCUCAUUAUGCUCAAAAUGCUACAUAUAGUAGCUACUAGAGUUUCAGUGAUGUUCUUUGUUGAGUCUUGUAAUAAAUCCAAACUGCAUCUACUGUGGCUCUGAUGAGACCCUCAGAGGCAGUUUCACAGGAAAUGAUUAAUAGUUAAAGGGAAACAGACACCAAAAUGUUUGUGCAACUGUAGCAGCAUGUCCAUACACAACAAACCAUAAUAACUUUGGUGAUAUCAUGAAAUCUAAUAAGUGCCUUAAUGAAUGCUCUAGUGGACGCUCAAAUAACACAAAAUAAACAUAGACAUAAAGAAUGUGUGAUUUACAACAGUACAGUACAGUACAAAAUCAGUGAACACAAAGCUUCACAUUAUGUCCAAGCUAAGAAACCCUUAACCAUAAAUAAAAAGUAUUGUGUUUUCAAGUAGAGUAAAACCAUCAUAGACUGGCUGUGCUACCAUAUUAAUGUAUACACUUUGUGUGUCCUAAAACAACAAAACUAUUUAAGUGUCUCAACCACCAGUUUGGCGACCUACUUUCGUUUAGCAUUAAAACAGACGUACAACUUGAACAUGUUAGUGUGACUGUGAACCCUCGCUAUUCUUCUUCUGUUAUCACCCACAAUCAUUCCCUGAAAUCCUAACUGGCUAAACUCACACCAAAGCUACAGAGCAAUUCAAUUCAAGAGGGUGUACUUUUGUUUGUAAUGUUGCAGUUUAUGAUAACCGAACAUAUUUUAGUUACUUGAUGCCAAAUAAAGAUUUUUGAGACUGCUGGAUGAAUCAAUCUCAAGGAUAGUAAGGGAAAUGCUUGUGUAUUAGUAAGAUGAUUUUUUUUAAUACUUGAAUGCAGUCAUUAUUACACCCACAGCUUUACCUGGUUGUUUUUAUUUUCAAUAAAUUGUUGUUUUGGACAUUA